AUGCUGCUGCACAUGAGCGCAGAUUAUCAUCACGUGGUUGAUGACUGUGAAGAGGCGUGGGUCGCGUGGGCGCGUUUGAAGACGCUGUACGGCGGGUCGCAGAAGGCUGGACGCAUCUACUUGAAGCGCCAGCUGUUCAGCAUGGAGAUGGCGGAAGGCGGCAAUGUGAUGCAUCAUUGCAACGAAGUCCUCAACAUCAGCGCGAAGCUCAGCAGCAUCGGCGCCAAGAUGGAGGACGAAGACAUUGCGAUCUGCUUGCUGCUCAGUCUCCCGAAGAGCUUCGAGAACGUCGUUCUCAACUUGGAGAUGAGCAGCGCGGAACUGCGAUCGCGAGACGUCGUGAGAGUGCUCACGAAUGAGCACAUCAAGAGGCAAGGUGACAAGACGACAUCGGUGAAGACUGAAGACGCGGCCAAGGCGUUCAGUACCGAGCGUGAACCUCGCCAGUGUACAUACUGCGGAAAAUUGGGGCACACGGCGGAGCGGUGCUGGACCAAGCAGAAGGACGAGAAUCAAGGUGGAGCUCGACGCGGCGGCAACAAUGCUCGUGGACGCGGAGCCAACAACGUUCAGUGGCGAACCAACAGCAACUACGACGACAACUGCGAUCGAGUUGCGUUCGCGGUUUCGCUGGAGGCCGGACUUUCGACGGGCAAGAAUAUGCCAGGGAUGUGGGCAGUCGACAGCGGUGCGACGCAUCACAUCUGCAACGACAAGGCCAAGUUUGCAAGCCUGAAUGAGCGAGAGGAAGGCGAACUAUCAGUGGCUGAUGGCAGCAAGGCUGCGAUCAAGGGUGUGGGAACCAUCAUGGAACGGGUGGUUCUGCCCAAUGGUGACGAACGCGACAUCGAGAUCAAGGACGCGCUGUUCGUACCAAGCAUGAGCAAGAAUCUGCUUUCGGUGCCACAGAUCAACAAGGGUGGGAGGUUCCAAGUCGUGUUCGAUGGAUCCAAGAUGCAAGUGAAGCGCAAGAAUUCCACACAAGUCGUGGCAACAGCGGAUCUCGUCGAUGGACUUUACUGGCUGCGGACUCCUCAACGAUCGGCGAAUGCAGCAACACGCAAUGGGACCAUCGACUUGCAUGCGCGCAUGGGUCAUGCACCUCUCGAAGUUCUGCGCAAGAUGAUGGCCACUGGCAUGAUCAAGGACGCCAAGGCACCUCUCAACUCGACUGGUCCAAGUGUGUGUCGCGGUUUUCAGCAAGGAAAGAUGGUCCAAAAACCAUUCCCAACCAACCGUGACAAACGCCAAUAUGGUAUGUUCGAGUUGCUGCACUUCGACAUCUGCGGGCCAAUGGAACAAGUCUCGAUCGGCGGCAGCAAAUACUUACUGCUUGUGGUUGACGAAGCUAGCGGUUGCAUGAAGGGCUUCUGUCUGCGGUCCAAGUCUGAGAGUGAAGACUGUAUCAAGAACCACAUCAUCAAGAUUCAAACACAGUUCGGCACGAAGAUCAAGUUUGUUCGGCACGAUGGAGCGCAUGAAUUUGCGACCAACUCGAUCAAGACCUUCUACGAAGAUCAUGGUAUCGAGCAACAGAUCACGGUGCCGUAUGCACACCAGACCAACGGCACCGCAGAACGCGCGAUAAGGACCAUCGUCACGAUCGGACGCAGCUUGUUGCAUCAUGCAAAGCUGGAGAAGUGUUUCUGGGCUGAAGCGGCAAUGACGGCGAUCUACAUCAAGAACCGCCUGCCUUCACCCAAGAUCGACCACAAGACUCCGUUCGAGAUCGUGUACAAGUCGAAACCAAGUGUCAAGCACAUGCGCGUGUUUGGAUGUCGGGCGUUUAUCCUGACACCAAGGGAGAAGCGAUUGAAGUGGGACCCGAAGGCUCGUGAAGGGAUAUUCAUGGGCUACGAAGAAGUGUCAAAAGCUUAUCGAGUGUACGACAUUGAGGCGGACCAAGUGGUGAUCAGUCGUGACAUCACCUUCGACGAAUCGACUUUUGACUUUUCGAUGGACCGACCAAGUGACGAUGAUGAAGAUGCGGAGUUGGAUCUCGACCUCCUGGCGAUCAACGAGGACGACGUGCGUCAAACUGUCUACAAGCAGACUGGCAAGCGCAAGAGUGAAGCAAGACCCGGCAUGUCACGUUCAGCUCGCCCUCGAACUGGAUUGGAACAAGCAAGUGCGCCGGCACACGUCUCCAACCGUCACCAGAAACGACGAUCAAGUGCUCCAGAAACGAUGUCUGAUGACGAAGAAGAUGCAAGCGUCUACGAUCAAGAUGACGACUUGACGCCUCCAACAUUUUGGCGUGCAAGUGCAAACGCAGUGGAAGCAACGGACCUAGCAGAACCUGUGACUUUUCAAGACGCGAUCAAUGGUCCUGAUCAAGCUCACUGGCGAAAUGCUGUGAAGGCGGAACUCAAGUCGAUGCAUCUUCGUGGAGUUUUCCGUGCGGCAUGUUGA